UCCCGCCCGCGCGCUCCAACACUCCUUUGCCCCCGCCCGCGCCGUCCAUGGGAAGCCGUCGUCCUCUGCACCCAGCCGCGACCCCCUAAAUGUCUUCACGACUGCGUCCCUCCGCCCACCACUAUGAGCUGCUGCCGCAGGCCUCCGCCGACCUCGAGGACCCGCCCGCCCGCGAGCGCCGCGACUCCAACGCCUCCAACGGCUCCAGCAAGUCGUGGCUCGGCCGCCUCGGCGACAGCAUCCCCGCCGUGCACAAGCUGACCGACCCGUCCAUCUGCGCCCACUACAUCACCCCGCGCCGCAGGAAGCGCUCCGUCCUGCGCCUGAUCUACUACGCCGUCUUCUCCUUCCCCUACAUCUGCCUCUUCCUCGUGCUCGUCGCCGCCAUCUUCUUCCCGUCGUACACACAUCUGCCCGCCCACUACAAGGAGCUCCGCGAGCGCGCCCUUGCCAGCGACGCGCCCGGCCGCGCAAACGUACACGACCAGAAGGUCUUCAUUGCCGCUUCCAUCUACGAGCAAGCCGGCGAGCUCACGUCGGGAGCGUGGGGCGAGGCGGUCCUCCAACUGGUCCAUCUGCUGGGCCCGCAGAACGUGCACCUCAGCAUCUACGAAAACGAUGCCGACGACAUCACCAAGGAAUCGCUGCGUGCCCUGGAGAAGAAGACGCCGAGCAACUCCACCAUCGUGUUCGAAGACUUCGACCUGGGCAGCUUGCCGCGCAUUACGCUCCCCAACGGAGAGUCCCGCAUCAAGCGCAUGACGUUCCUCGCCGAGGUCCGCAACCGCGCCCUCGCGCCCCUCGAGACCACCCAAGUCGCGUUCGACAAGAUCCUGUACCUCAACGACGUGCACUUCGACCCCAUCGACGCUGCUCAGCUGCUCUUCUCCACAAACGUCGACGCCAACGGACUGGCCAACUACGGCGCAGCCUGCGCCGUCGACUUUAUCAACGCAUUCAAGUUCUACGAUCGCUUUGCGACACGAGACCUCGAGGGCUACGGCAUGGGCAUACCCUUCUUCCCUUGGUUCACCAGCGAGGGCGACGCAGCAAGCAGGAACGACGUCAUUGCGGGCAAGGAUGCGGUCCGAGUGAGGAGCUGCUGGGGCGGCAUGACCGCUUUCGAGGCCAAGUGGUUCCAGGACCAGUCCCGCUUCACCUCCGCCGAACCCAAGACCGAACCGGAACCGGAAACCUCAGCCAACCCUGAGACAUCUGUUCUCCGUUUCCGCUACGAGGAGGAUCCCUUCUGGGAGUCGUCCGAGUGCUGUCUCAUCCAUGCCGACCUCCAGUAUCGACGGUCGGGCAGCGUCUUCGCGCCGGAUUCCGGCAUCUACAUGAACCCCUACAUCCGCGUCGCGUACGACACCAAGACGCUUUCGUGGCUGUCUUUCACGCGCCGCCCAGAGAAGCUGUACUCCAUCAUCCACGACAUCCUCAACCAUGCCAUGGGCUUCCCGACCUUCAACCCGCGGCAAUACGAAGAACCCGGCCAGCAGGUCACCGACACGGUCUGGGAGUACGACCACCCCGUCGGCGCCUUCCUCCCCAACGCCACCGCGUCCGACUUCUCGGGCCGGUACGUCCAAGAGGAGCGCACCGCGCAGCCCGGCGGCUACUGCGGCGGGCGGUUCCUGCUCGUCAUCAACGAGACGCCUGACCAGGGCGAGGGCAAGUGGGGCAAGAUCGAGGCACCGGCGCCCUCGCGCCCGUGAAUUUCUCUUCUCACGCAGAGUAUAGUAGAGUGGCUUUAAUCGUGGUUGUCAUGAUCCCUUUUCUUCGCUUCUUGUACGCACGUUCUCAUACAACAUCCACCUUUAACUAGCCGCCGGUCUUCCUUUGGGGGGGAUUGGUAUUUCCUUUAUCUUUUGUCCUUGUGUUAGCAUGCAUAGCGGCGGCGUUACUACCGAUUUGGAACGGCGAGGCUUCGCGGGACAUGUCAAAACUCGAAUUGUAUUGCAUAGACUUGUGGCGGUGUACCGAUAGCAGCGGUGGACCGGGGAGACGGGAUACCGGCGUGAGGUUAGACGGCACGAAGAAUCGAUCCGAUGACUGCCCCUUGCGUUUGCUCGCGAGUUUUGCGUGAUGCUUGCCCCGCGCUGCACGUUCCCGAUGCAGCUUCGACGGCCCACGGCUGUGCCGAACUCUCAUGCCUGGUUCUUGCAGG